GCUUUGUCAGAAUUUAGGUUUGUCCCUCGGAGGCACCAGUAGAAGCUCUUCCGGUAGCUGCACAGUCUGUUAGCGCUUUCUGUGAAGGUCGUGAGUCCAAUCCGUGAUCCAACAUGUCUCUUGCAAAGCCUGCGAUGAGGGGGCUGCUGGGAAAGCGCCUGAGGUUUCACCUGCCCAUCGCUUUCACUCUGUCCUUGGUGGCUGCACUCGGGUUCAAGUAUGGAGUGACGGAGCCCAGGAAACAGGCCUACGCUGACUUCUACAAGCAGUACGACGCUGUCAAAGACUUCAACGCCAUGAGGGAAGCCGGCAUCUUCGAGAGCGUGCGGCCCUCUGGGGAGUAAACCCACUAUUUUCUUCCCUGUCAUUCAUUCCCGCUCUGAAGAUGACGUUCCUUCUUGCCCCCUUUGGAUGUAAUUAACUGAUCAGAUGUGAACGUCGCUAUGCUGUUAUGUUCCUCUGAAAUAAACUAUUCUAUUAAUGUGAGA